CAGCGUGGGACUUGGUGACACCACUGAGUGACAGCAGUGAGUGACAGUGAGGGACAGAGUGACACCACUGAGUGACAGCUAGGGGCAGAGUGACAGCACUGAGUGACAGCGAGGGACAGAGUGACACCACUGACAGCUAGGGACAGAGUGACAGCAGUGAGUGACAGCGAGGGACAGAGUGUCACCACUGAUUGACAGCUAGGGGCAGAGUGACAGCGAGGGACAGAGUGACAGCACUGAGUGACAGCUAGGGACAGAGGGACACCACUGAGUGACAGCUAGGGACAGAGUGACACCACUGAGUGACAGCUAGGGGCAGAGUGACAGCAGUGAGUGACAGCUAGGGACAGAGGGACACCACUGAGUGACAGCUAGGGACAGAGUGACACCACUGAGUGACAGCUAGGGGCAGAGUGACAGCAGUGAGUGACAGCGAGGGACAGAGUGACACUACUGAGUGACAGCUAGGGACAGAGUGACACUACUGAGUGACAGCUAGGGGCAGAGUGACAGCGAGGGACAGAGUGACAGUGAGGGACAGAGUGGCACCACUGAGGGACAGCUAGGGACAGAGUGACACCACUGAGUGACAGCUAGGGGCAGAGUGACAGCACUGAGUGAAAGCUAGGGGCAGAGUUACAGCACUGAGUGACAGCGAGGGACAGAGUGACACCACUGACAGCUAGGGACAGAGUGAGAGCAGUGAAUGACAGCGAGGGACAGAGUGUCACCACUGAGUGACAGCUAGGGGCAGAGUGACAGCGAGGGACAGAGUGACAGCACUGAGUAACAGCUAGGGGCAGAGUGACAGCACUGAGUGACAGCUAGGGGCAGAGUGAAAGAAGUGAGUGACAGCUAGGGACAGAGUGACAGCUAGGGACAAAGUGACACCACUGAGUGAUAGCUAGGGACAAAGUGACAACAGUUAGUGGCUAAGGGACAGGGCUAAGUGGCCACACUGAGUAGACCCAGUUACAGCAUGGGAGUGAAAACACAGACAGUGAUAGCACUAAGUGACAUUCUGCAGGGUGGCACCAAGAGGAGGAGAUCACAGAUCACUACAAGAAGAGAAAUAAUUACACUUUCUCAGUAGCCUGGUGAGGGUUCCACAAGUUUCCUGUAAGUGCCGAGUGAUCCGUAAUCAUCAUGUCACAGGGUAUAAUGAGGAAGUCUCAGCCCUUCACCAUCGGGACGAAACUGUCACAAACUAAAUGUCCAGACUUUUCUGUCGCUGGAUGUGAUGUGACAGCCUUGGAGAGUUGUUCUCACCGCCUCAGUGAUCGUGUGUCACAGUACCUGGCUUUGACUUCUCUGCCUCCUCGGAGCAUCCUCAGUGCUCACCAUCCUGUUAGAGACUUAUCUGAGGAUGAACGAUUCAGCCAGGGGUCUCUGGUACGGUCUAUCAAAAAGAUCACGUUGUCUAGCCAUAGUGGUGAAGCCCACUCUAAGGGGACAGAAAGACUUAGUGCAAGGGGGGUCAACUUAAAUUCUGUGGCAAAUUACAACAACAACAAUAGUCGGAUGCUAAGAAAUGUUGCAUCUGACUUCAUUGUAUCUCCAAGUACUUGUUCAGUGCAGAAUAAUCUUGCAAGGACUAAUGGAGGUCCAAGCUACUUGUCAAGAUCCAUUGGAAAUCCGAGCAACAACAUGUUCAAUGUAGGUCCAAAGAACUACACACCAAGGGCCACUGAUAUGAGCAACCAUAUACCAAGGGCCAAUGGAGAUCCAAGCAACAUAGUAAGCGAUAUUGGAAGUCCAAACAAAAUAGUAGGAGACAUUGUGGGUCCAACCAACAUAGUAAGGGACAUUGGUUGUCCAAUCAACCUUGCACUAAGGACUGAUGAAGUUCAGAGUAACCAGCAAGUUAAAAGCAACGUGACAAGCCUCACUGGAUGUCCAGGCAGCUACCCUUUGUUGGACAGCAUGGCAAGAGUCAUAGAAGAGCAGAACAAAAAGACACCCCAGAUGAAGGUUCCAGGAUCUCCUUCACUGACAAGAAUCUUUAGAAAGCGUCUGGACUCUACUGGAGGCAAAAAAUAUUUACUGGAAAAUACAGCUCCUUAUAUCACAGAGCUCAGCAGAGAAAUAACCCAGGCUGAGACGUGGGUACGAGGCAAGCUGCAUGACCUGGCAGACAGAUGUGACACCAGCCCUCUGCAAGACUGGGAGCAAGGGACACUUACCUUACUGAGUGACAUCAGGGCGUAUGAGCACACCAUCAUGAGACUCACCCAGAUGGGCGAAAAUCUAACAAAAAGCCAAACACCAAGUGCAGAGACUGUGCAAACUCAGCUACAGACCCUGAGGGACCAAUGGCUGCUCCUGAAGCAAACAGCAACCAAUCAGAGCAAAGCACUGAGCGGAGCCAAGACCCUGCAGGAGUUUAACAAGAAGGCGGAUGAACUGGAGAUGUGGAUGAGAGAGAAGGAAGAGAGACCCUCUCUAAAUCACCUUCUGGAUGAGAGCAAUGACAAGGUGCAGUUAACCCGUCGCAUCCUGGACCUGAAGCAGGAACAGGUGCAUUACAGAAACCUUCAGGAGAACAUCAACAGUCUGGCCCAGAAGCUCGAGAAGCAUGGGAGAGCGGAGAGUAAGGGGACGUCCACUAGGCGCAAGCACCUCAAUAAGAUGUGGCUGAAGCUACAGGACACCCUGCAGGAGCACCAGCAAACACUGCAGCUUGCCCUGGACGCAGCCUCCCUCUGGCAGCAAUCGGACACCAUCCUGAGAGCCAUAGAGGAUAAGAUGAAUAUGGCUACUGCUGUAAAUGGAGAGGACUCUGAGAAGCACAAAACCCGAGAUAUCAGGGACAUCGCUGGCCAGAUCAUGAUAUUGGAUCUCACAGUGUCCCAGGUAUCCAGUCUCCAUCCUAUCCUGGCAAUUCGAGCCGCACAAAAGCAGUGUCAGGUGAAGGAAAGCUGGGCCCAGUUACAGCAAGCUCUCAGGUAAAUAGAGUGUGCGCUUAACUAUAGCAAGC